UGAACAGUCGAGGUGCGGUCGCAUGCGUCUUGAUAUUGAUGCACAAAUUUCGUUCGUCUCGCGACUCAUUCAGUAUUUAUCAGUGAAGUUGCAAUUUUAUUUUUGUUUUUAUUUAUUGUGUGACGUUUUAUGUUUUUUGUGAGACUACUCGAGGAUUAUUUGUUGGAUUUAAGAUGAUGGAGUAAAAACGUCGUAUCUACAAGCCGCCAAAAUGAGGGUUUUACUGUUACCAGUUUUGUUUUUGGCCUUGGCUUCCACAGGGGACAGUAUAGAACCUGCACAAUGUCACUCGCAGCUGGGAAUGGAGGACGAGACCAUCCCUGAUGAAGAUAUCACGGCAAGCUCAAGUUUCGAUCAAGGGAAUGUCGGGCCACAUCACGGAAGGAUCCGUAAAGAAAAAAAUGGCGGAGCUUGGUGCCCACAAACGCAAGCAACACCAGAAAGCAAAGAAUGGAUACAAAUAGAUUUGCACACGGUGCACAUGAUAACCUCCACUGAAUCGCAGGGGAGGUUUGGCAACGGGCAAGGAGUUGAGUUUGCCGAAGCCUACAUCUUGGAGUACUGGCGACCAAGACUUAACAAAUGGAUCAGAUAUAGGAACAGGGUAAACGAGGAAUUGAUAAAGGGGAACAUUAACACUUACACAGCCAGCAAGCAAGUGUUGGAUCCUCCCAUAUGGGCUAGCAAGUUGAGGUUCCACCCUUACAGCCACCACAAGAGAACCGUUUGCAUGAGGGUGGAAGCAUACGGUUGCAAGUGGACUGAAGGCAUCGUGAGUUACUCUAUGGCGCAGGGGGAUAAAAGAGGCACUUCGUGGGAGUUUUACGACACUUCGUAUGAUGGGCACUGGGAUGGAGAGAAGCUUAAGUACGGCUUAGGUCAGUUGACAGACGGUCAAGUCGCGCCAGAUGAUUUCAAGCAAUCCUUUUACCAAGAGAAUCCUCAAGGUUGGGUUGGGUGGAGGAACGACACUAGAAACAACGAACCCAUUGAAAUCACCUUCGAGUUCGAUAAAGUUCGCGAGUUUAACGCAGUGCAUAUAUUCAGCAACAAUCAGUUCACCAAAGACGUGCAAGUUUUUUCCGAAGCCAACGUUUUGUUCAGUGUGGGGGGGAAGAGAUAUAAGGGGAAGCCCAUUACGUAUGAUUACAUAGAGGAUCAUAUAUUCGAAACCCCUAGGAAUGUUUCUAUAAAGCUGCACCAUAGGGUUGGGAGGUUUGUUAAGCUGCAACUACACUUCGCUGCUCGUUGGAUUCUCCUGAGUGAGAUUACGUUUGAUUCAAUUGUUGUGAACGGUAAUUUCACUGAUGAAGAAGAGAAUGAUGAUGAUGAUUUGCUGAAGAAAGAUCAAAUAUCAACACCUGGAAUAGAAAAUAAGAAUGUUGUUACCGCUGUAAAUUCCACCCCGGGUUUGGGACAGUACUUGGGAGUCAUAGUGGGGAUCUUAUCGGUAUUGGUGGUGCUGAUGGUAGCCGUGGUGCUUUACGUGGUGAUCCAACAAAGGCGCUACAAGUCAUCCCCGAGACCUUCGCAAGUUCCGGGGGGUUGCGAUAAAGCCGCCCUCUACCGCGAACCGAGUUUGGGCCGCCUCCCGGGCUCCUCAGACUACGCCGACAUCCGCGACCCCGAAUACGCCGUCCCCCUGCAACCGCCGCUCACGCCUAGAGGCCCGCCGACGCUGCACAACUUCAACCACAUGCCGCCGCCGGUGCCGCCGCCGCCAGAGACGUACUACGCCGCCCGCGAUGUUUGCACGGGCUUCGUGCCGCCUCCGCCGCCGCUUAGCACGCCGCCCCCGGUGCGGUUGAGCCGCCAGCCCAGGUACAUUACCAACACCAGGACCUACGUCGGGCCGUAAACUGUGAUACCGAUAUCGACGACUAUGUGUGCCAUGUCGAAAAAAAUGGAUGUGACGUCUACUUUCUAUGAAAGGCUGAUUCUUACCAAAUAUGCGCCGCUUAAUAAAUCUAAAUAGAUAAUACUUAGAUAACUGUGUAUAUAUACGAAAAUGCUUAACGUACGUAAGACAAUCUUGUAUUUAAUAAUUGUAACUUACCUAUAAGAAAUACUUAUAUAUAAAUGUCUGUAAAUAUAAUCUCCCGCCCCCUAUUUUAAAUUAUGAACAAAAAAACAAACCCUGUUUAUACCUUUGUACAUAUCUUACUCACAGUAUUGUAAAUAAAUAAAUAUAUGAUAGUGAUAAUUUA